UCCCUUAGCACAGCGUCUGGAACGAACGAACCAGCCCGCCCGCGCCGCCCUUCCGUGCCGGAAUUCUGCUCCCUCGCCGACACGCCACCGCCCAACCCAGCCAGCUACUAGUAUAAAAACUAGCCUCCCUCGCCGCCACCUCGCCGUCAUCAAGCCGAUCGAAUCCGGUAGUCGUCUUCGUCUCGCGCUUUCCAUCCAUUUCCACCGAGCUCUAUCCACACCGUCCCACUCCCACCACCUGCUCCUCUUGCUUUGCUAGCUCCUCCCGUGUCACCAUCGUCGACCAUGGAGGGCAAGGACGGCAAGCACGACACUGCCGCCACGGCGCCCGCAGCACCGGCCGGCGCGCCGCCCGCAGCACCGGCUGGCGCGCCGCAGCCCACGGCACCUUCCGCGGCGGGGCAGCCGCAGCCGCCUGAGGCGGUGCGGUGGGGCACGCGUCAGAUGGGCCCGCCUGCGGCCCCCGGUGCGCACCCGGAGAACCAGGAGGCGGCGCGGUGGACGGCGGCGCGCGGGGACCAGGAGCUGCCGCCGUACGUCAUCAUGGGGGAGCCCGUGGCGGCGCCGGCGCAGCAGCAGAGGGGGAAGGGGGACAGCCCCAUGGAGCACAUCCUCGACUUCUUCAACACCUGGAGCCGCAAGGCUGAGGAGCUCGCAUCCAACAUCUGGUUCAACCUGAAGACCGCGCCGUCGAUGUCCGACGCGGCGAUGGGGAAGCUGAGCCUGGGCGCGAAGGCCCUGUCGGAGGGCGGCUUCGACAAGCUGUACAAGCAGACCUUCUCCUCGGGUCCCGAGGAGCACCUCAAGAAGACCUUCGCGUGCUACCUGUCGACGGCGACGGGCCCCGUCGCCGGCACGCUCUACCUGACCAACAUGAACGUGGCCUUCUGCAGCGACCGCCCGCUCUCCUUCGCCGCGCCGUCCGGCCAGACCGCCUGGAGCUACUACAAGGUCAUGAUCCCGCUGGCCAAGGUCGCGGCGGUGGAGCCGGUGACCAUGAAGCAGAACCCGCCGGAGAAGUACGUGCACGUCGUCACCGUGGACUCCCACGACUUCUGGUUCAUGGGAUUCGUCAGCUACGACAAGGCCGUGCAUCACCUCACCGAGGCCGUGUCCCACCGCUCCCAGCACGGCGUCGCCGGCGCCACAGCCGCUGCCGGCACCAAGUGACGAGGGUCCGUUCGUCGGAGACGCAUAUGUACUCGGUACUUCAGUAGUGUGGCUUGCUUGUUGAUUAGGACGGUGGCCGACUUUUGUGUUGUGGAUGUUUUUGCUUGUGAAUUGUUUUUGUAUCCACUUGUGAAUAGUACACGUUUUCCCUAAUUCACCGAAUUGAUUAUGUCGUGUGUCGCUGAAUA